AUGCGAGGCCGCGACAACCAGUUGACAGCUGUGAUCGACCCGCCCUACGAAUACGACGGUUUUGUGUUCACAGAUGCUGAUAACCGUAUAUCAAACCUGCUAUGGGCAGUGACCUCUAGCUUGGGUGCUGGACUCUGCUUUCUGGUGCUAUUGGUCAUAGCCGUCGUUAUGAUUCACCCAGUGUCUAGACAUCAGCUUGACCGUGUCAGCUUCAGGAUAAUGAUCUACGCACUAAUUGCCAAUAUGGUCUUUGGAAUUGCAUCUACGGUCAGCGGACUACAGACCUAUGAUAGCGAAACGUGCAACGUUGCGAUGUGGCUGCUGAUGUUGACACUGGAACUGUCGACUUUCCUGCUGUUCUGCAUUGCCUUGAAUCUCCAACUAGUUCUCGUUCACGGCGUUCGUGGUCAGGUGAUGGAGAAAUACUAUAUCAUUGGGAGCAUCACGGCCGCAGUCGCCAUCACCGUUCCCCCAUUCGCGACGAAACAGUAUGGAUGGGAUCCAAUAAACGAUGCGUGUUGGUACACAAGCGAUAAUAUCGCCGUUCGUCUUCGUUGGCAGGUUGGCACACAGAUAUUCUGGAGCUUAGCUAGUGUGGUCGGAGAGUUUUUGACAUUUUUCGUCGUACUCGGGUAUAUGCUUCGACACCAGGUUCUUCAUGGUAAUGCGGUCAGAAGUCGUUCACAUUCCACAGGCACAAGGUCCCGUGCCCAUUCAAUAAGCACGACUACUAUUAGGGUACCAGCAAAUCAUGCCAAGACAUACCAGACCGUAAUUAUCCGUAUAUCGCUUUACCCCCUCGCGUCUCUCAUCAUAAACACUGCAACUGUAGCGUGUGAUUUAUAUGCGUCGACUUCACACAGCACACCAACAUCCCAGAGAGCAUACAAUUGCAGUGCAUCCGCAGACGACUUUUGUUAUGGUGGACGAGCGAUAGUAUAUGCAGUACUAGCAGCUACGGAUCCGUCAUUAAUACGGGCUAUCAAGUCCUUGUGGAGGCACGCGCGGGGGAAAACGGAUAACACGUCAGGCAGCACUAGUAAUGGCCCCAAGACGACGACGUCGCAUGGACAGAUCACAGUGCACAUUGAGCUCAGCGAAGUACGGCAACUUGAUGACGGUUCAGAGUUGCCUGCGUCGCCUAGUAUGAUCAAACCGGCUUCUCACUCUUCCGCCUCACUGCCGAAGGAUGUAGAAGGGGGCGACCUUGAUCAUGAUAGCGAUCCGAUGACUACGAGACUCGAUGCUAUGCGGAGGGCCCAGAUAGGACGAGCAAUGGAAGUGAGGCAAGACGCACUUGAUAGACGUCUUGAAAGGAAGGAUUUCAAGAAGCAGAUAUAA